AUGGAAUCAACUGAAAUUGACCUCAGAGGCCACGCGGGGUUGAGCCUUACAAGCCAAUCUGGUCCGGGCCCUAAAAUUGCAGGGCUCUCUAGCGCUAUUAUCGUCUUGCCAAGCGCUGAAGCGGAAAACGGGGCGCGGAGCAAGGUACCGGAGUACGUACAGCAUGUCCUCCCGUCCAAGGCACGCGCUUACUGCCUCGUCACCGACCUGGCAAACUUACAUGUACCUGGUCCGAACAAGAGACGCCAGCCUCAAGUCUACCUUAUUCAAACCACAUCUCGCCUCUGUCACCUUGUCGCGGGUGAUCGUCUUGCCAAGUGGUUCACCACGCUGUCCCCCAAGGACAAGGCCAAGAUUGUCAAGGAUGUCUCACAGCUGGUCCUCGCUCGAAGAACACGCAUGUGCAAUUUCUUGGAGUACAAAGACACCAAAAUUGUAUAUCGACGAUACGCCUCGCUCUUCUUCAUCGCAGGAUGCUCAUCCGAGGACAACGAGCUGAUUACGCUUGAAAUCAUCCACCGAUACGUCGAGCAGAUGGACAAGUACUACGGCAACGUGUGCGAGCUCGACAUCAUCUUUUCCUUCACAAAGGCAUACUACAUCCUCGACGAGCUACUUCUUGCCGGAGAGCUACAGGAGAGCAGCAAGAAGAACGUGCUGCGCUGUAUCGGACAGCAGGAUUCACUCGAAGACAUGGAGCAGGCCGAGCAAAUCACAGAGAAGCUUCGCGAAGUGGGGAUUCUUUGA